AUGGCCUUCCUUAAGUGUUUCGGAUACAGAACGAGGCACAAAACUGUCCCUGAACGAGUAGUUGUUGCUGCUUCCGAUGGGGAUGAAGUCAGUAAUGAGGAAAAUAGCUGGAACAACUCUUGCGUGAAGGAUGUUUCUGUGAGGAGAUUCAAUUGGGAAGAGGUGCAGAACCUCACCAUGAAUUUCUCUCAGGGGAUUGGAUCGGGAGGUUUUAGUACAGUCUAUCUCGCCAACUUUCCUGACUCAUCUCUCGGCGCAAUCAAGAUCCACAGCAGCAGCGAACGUCUCAACCAAGUUUAUAAGCAAGAACUGCAGAUCUUACUCCGCCUUUCCCACAAUAACAUUGUCAAUCUUCUUGGAUAUUGUGAUGAUCGAGAAGAAGGCGUUCUGGUGUUUGAUCAUGUUCCCAAUGGGAAUUUGCAAGAGAAGCUCCAUGACAAUGGCGGUGAAGUAACAGGAAGGAAUGGGCAAAAUUCAAUACUUUCAUGGAAAAACCGCAUGGUAAUUGCUUUUCAACUGGCACAAGCGAUUGAAUAUCUCCAUGAAAAAUGCAGCCUUCAUAUCAUUCACGGAGACAUCAAGGCUUCAAACAUAUUGCUUGAUGAGCAGCUGAAUUGCAAGUUAUGCGACUUUGGGUCAGCAAAAAUGGGAUUUUCUUCCACCGUGUUACCACCAUCCUCGUCCAGGUUGAACAGAAUGAUGCUGGGUUCUCCAGGUUAUACUGAUCCUCACUACCUGAGAACAGGAAUCGCCUCGAAAAAGAACGAUGUUUACAGCUUCGGAGUGAUAGUUCUUGAACUUAUCACAGGGAUCGAAGCCUUUUCGACUGCUAGGCUGACUUCACUCGCCGGCCCAAUGUUGAGGGAGGCCACGAAGGUAGCGGAAAUGGUGGAUCCGCGGCUUAGUGGGAAUUUUGACUUGGAAGAGGCCAAGGUCAUGGCUUCAAUAUCAGCAACGUGCCUGCAUGAUUCGCCAAGUCUCAGACCAUCGGCUUCAUGUAUCUUAAGAAUAAUGAGAGAGAAAAUGUCUUCAAUCUCCUGA